CAGAGGUGUGUGAGUCAGUGUGAGUGAGACUUAGAAGGAGUAAGGACUCAGACAAUGUACAGAGACUUUUCUGGGACCUACCCUCAUCAGGAUCUAGGGUGCAGCACAAGCAGUCACAGCCCCCGGACUUCAGACACUGGAACACAUUUAGGAGCGAUAGAUAUGGGACACGGUAUGAGAUCAGGUCAUCUCACCGAUGCACAACAGGUAAGAACACCGACAUGUGUUAAUGGAUAUACUUGUUUAAUAUAAUAUACCAAUAUUGAGCUAGUAAUAUUAGCUUGAUAUUGGUAUACACAUUACAUAUUUUGGAUUUAUAUGACAUUAUAUAUAAUACUGUAAUAUUCAACAUUUCUAAAACACAAACAUCUAUAUAUUUUAUAUAUACAUGUACAUAUGUGUGUGUAUGUUUAUAAAUAUAUAUAAUGUGUGUCUGUAUAUAUUUUUCGUUUAUUUAUUUAUUUAUUUAUUUAUUUAUGUAUAGGUAUAUAGAUGUAUACAAUUUAAUUUCAAUUGUAUUGCAAUAUGGGUUAGGUUGUUUUUGGUCUGCCUCCUAUUCCGGGCUGUUAGAGAAUAGGAUACAUAUGGCCUUGACCCUCAUGAUGCUAUUCAAACAGGUGCCAUGUGGGCACAUGACUGCAUAUGGCACCCAGGUGCUCUUGAGCUUCUCUGGAAGAUGUGGGUGUUAGGUGCUGCAGUAUAAGUGUGUUUCAUAUGUAUGUAGAUUGCACUCCUCACUGCAAUAAACACUUUUGUAGAAUUGAAUGAUGUGUGCUAAUAAAACACUUAAUUUUGUAUAUGUAUACUCAUUAAAAAAAUCAAAAAUCAAAUUUAAAAUAAAUUUAUGAUGUCAUGUUUAUCCAAUGAACGUAUUGUGUUACAGAACCACUUCGUAUAAUCUACUGCUGUGGUUUCCCAAAUAGUGAUGAACAACAAUCUAAAUAAAUAUAUUUAUUUUGAAUUUUAGUACUUUAUUAUAUUAGAAUACUGGGCGCACCUUUAUACCUCCUCUGGGACAGACUCCUCACAGCAGCACAAUCCUCCUACACUAAGGUCAAGGAUGCUUCUCAUAGAUGGGCAUUAUACACCUACAGUAAUGCUCGACUAUUAGAUUCUAAUUAUAGAGAAGCAAUGAAUCCAGUGCUUCUCUGUGUGAAGCAUUAGCUGUAAUUGGUGACAUCAUGCUGUGCUGAAGACCUUCAAUUUAAAAAGAUCUUAAAGAGGAAGUGCUUAAAGUGGUUGGUUGUUGGACAUCUCUCUCUCUCUCUCUCUCUCUCUCUCUCUCUCUCUAAAAGCAUAUAUUUUAGAAUUAUUGAAACAGAAUAGAAGGGAGGAAAUAUCUAUACAAUGUGACCAUUCUGCAAUAUUCUGAAAGUGAAGUAAUCACCUUGCAAACCAAUGGAAUGUUUCUGCUGGUACCAUGAUUUCCAUGGUGACUACCCCACUUUUAGAACAUUGCCCCACAAUAGCAUAACUUUUCUAUGCAUGACACUGUUGUACAUCACUCUUGAGUUCAAAGUGUUUCAGAAUGAAUCACCCUAUAUAACAAGUUAGACAACAGUGACUAUACUCUGGAGUUGCUUUAUAAUUUAUACAAACAUAAUAGUUAAACAAUGCAUAAUAAAGACAUUUAUACAUGGGCAGUGCAAAUGACACAGCUGUGCUAGGAAAUUCACAAACGCUCUAAAAUGCGAAUCUUCACCUGGAAUAAAUUGGUAUGACAGAUGGGUAUCUGGAAUUAAUUGAUACCAGUUUGAAGUAUUGUUAAUAUGUGAUUUUUUCUUUACAUUCUUGUAGAAAAAUAUAGCCACACUUUUUAUUAGUGAUGCACCAACUUGUAAAUUUUACUAUUUGUAAACUCCUGUUAGCAGAACCAUCUUCCUCUGAUGUUUAUGUAGGUCUUAAAUUGUUAUAAUAUUUUGAAUGCUUUGUCAACCCAAUUUAAAACUCAGCAUUAUAAUUAAGUUAUAUUAAUAAUUAAUUGACAUCAGUUAAAGAAACAUAGGUAUAUAAUUAUAUGUUCAUAUGAAUAUAUUUUCACAGCACAGCAUUAUGUUGAGUUCUCAAUGAACUUGCAAUAAUUUAGGCAAAAAGUACCCACAUUCUAAGAAAAAUUAUGUGAUGAUUAUUAUUAUUCUUUUAGUAAACUACCCACAUAGUCCAGCGUGCUCUAUAAAUAUAAAAUGCAAAAUAUUUCCUGUCUUUUUCAGUUUGCAAAAAAAAUAAAAGCCUUGAAACAAUUUUAGAUGCCAGUCUUUCCUUACAGUAUUUAUAAAUAAAAGAGUGCUGCAGGGACCUACAUAAAUAAAGAAAUAGUAGAAUGUCCUCUUACUAGGACUUAGUGACCUUAUAGCCUUAGGUAAUAGCUAACGUACAUUAUGACUCACUGAUGACAGUGCAUAUAUGUAGUACAAAUUGUACAAGUACUUCACUUCCUAAGAGUUAUCAAUGCAGCGUCACUCAGCAAAAAAAAAAAAAAACUUAACCUGUUACUCGUCACAUACAACUUUACUUAUAAUCAUUUAGGAAAAUCCACUUUAUAGGCAAAAUAUCACACAAUCUGGUAAUCUUGUCAUAGAGCACUCACACUAUUCACAUAUGUAUAAUAAAAAAAGAAAGCGUCACCAGACCCAAUUAACAUGCUCCCUGCCAGUGGCCUCCCUGGGAGGGGGUGGGGGGGACAAAUUCUAAAACUGGCAGGUUUUCCCCUAUCUUUCCCCUGCCCAUAGGGAAGUAAUGAACUGCAACAUUAACCCCCACAUUGGGCAGGAAUCUGGUACACAAGGCUUCAUUAACCAUUUCAAUAGAGUUCACACUCCUGUCACUGUGUUAGCUAGUCGAGGACAGUAUUAAUUGGGAAAUCUGAAAAAACAAAAUUCUAAAGAAAAUUGUGUUUCUAUUAAACCUGCAAAACAAAUCACCGUAACAGUCCGAUAGAGCAAUGAUAUGGUAAUGCUCCAACAUUUGACCUCCUUAUGUAACAAUAUCCUUAUGGGUCAAUAUCUGCUGAUCAUUCACUCCCUGCACUUCUACAUUGAAAUAAGUUGUUUAAUAUAGAUCAAUAUAGAUAAUACCACUGAUAAAAAGAACAAUUUAUUCUUUAAAUUAUUUUGAUUCUUAUUAGGCGGGUAUUUGGGGGGAGAAGGGAGGGGCAGAAGUACCCUGUAAUUGCUAGAUUCAUCUUUGGCACCAAGUCAAAGCAAUUGGCUGCUCUUUAAAUUACAGAGAAACUCAAAAUAAUAAUAUACAUAAUAAACAUAACUUAAAAGCUACGGAAAUGUUAAUGUAGCAACAAAAUGACAAUUAAUUAUUUCACAUAACCACUAGAAUGCAAUAGAACAUAAAUGUUUUUUUUUUUUCAAUUAUAUGAUUUUCUAAUUACGAAGUGCAAUUUUGAGGGAUUGUGGUUACAGAAUACUUUAUGGUCUUUUUGUCUCUCUGGGCCCUCUGUUAUUUUUUAGUAGCCUGUAGAGUCAGUUUCAGACCUGGCCGGCCUUUAAAGGAAACCUUGCAAGUGCUCAAUGGGUCACCAGGUUGUUGUGUAAUGAUUCAAUUUCAUGACAGGUUUGUGUGCCAGCACGUGACUUUAUGCAGUGCGUUCGUGCCAACACAUGGCUUCAUGAAGGUUUGAUGUGCAGAUAUGUGAAUUCCUGCACUGUUCACAGAGGUUGCAGAUGCAUGCACUCUGAUGGCCUAUUGAAGGAACAAUUUUCCCUUUUUAAACUUCACAGGCUAGGAAAAUCUCCCCUUGGCAAGAACUGCAAGCCAGUGGUGGUGAAUUUACUAAAUAAUUGCAGAAUAUAGGCCAAAAUAACUGAUAUGGAAAAAAAUUCUCUAAGAAUGCUAUAGUCAGUUCUAGGCUAUUAUAGCCUACAUUUUGCCAUGCAGUUUUCAAUUCACUACAAUUCAUCAUUUGGUGAAUAAAUUCUCCUAUGGAUUUACAGCUGAUAUUUUCAUGGUAUUGUAUUGCAUCUUGAAGGGGGAUGCUAUACAUUCCCUAGCUAUGCCUCCUUUCAGUAACAAUGCACCCCAUAGAGGCUAUAUCAAUAAAUUAAAAGAAAGCUAUACAACAUAGGUUCUCAAAAUCACCUCUCAACUUCAAACCAAACCAAGAACUUUUAUGGAUCUCGAGACCUGGACAUUGCUGCAUCUAUCACAAUGGCACAAACAUAUAUUGAUCAACUAUAUAAGAAGAUCUUAGUAUUUUUCACUUCAUUGUUUUUGUCAUAUUUGUAAGUCACAAUCUGGAUCUUAAUGUUGUUCAGUGGGAUUACAAAGCAAACUUGUUACUGUUAUACCAUUUAAGAAGAAUUUGGAAUGUCAGCUGAAAACUAUUCACAUUUACUUACUUUCACUACAAGUCAUUAAUUUCAGUUUCUUUUUAUUAGAAAAAGUUAUAAUGACUGCACUGUCCUAUGUAACACCCCUCAUUUGCAUGCUGGGAACACACAGUUCUUUAAUAUGACUCAUUCUGCAAUCACAAAGAAUGCAUUGCUUUAUAUAAUAAUAUAGGUUAUCUAUACAUUGUUCUGUGGCUUUGUCUAAAAAUAAUAAAAAAAAAACACAAACAUGAUACUGAUACUGAUACUAUAGUAUUAAAAACACCAUCUAGCCCCCUGUGGCCCUCCCCCUUAUCCCUGAAUAUAGCAGAAUCUUACCUUUGUUCUAGUCUGCUCGUGCUGGCUCUGUCCCUGUUCUUCCUUGUUGGCUGACAUCAUCAGAAGUGUUAUUCAAAGCCAAUCACAAGGCUUUCCCAUAGAAAAGCAUUGGAUUGCUUGAGAGUGUCAAGGGGGCAGAUCAGGGCUAUGUCCACUCCCCCUAGGCCCCACCUGGCUUCAGCAAUUUCAGUUUCAGGAAGUGCAGAGUGCCGCCGGACAGGGAUGCCGCUGAGAGCUGACCACUCUCAGCCAAGCAGUGGUACUCCAGCCCGUCUGCACGUCCCAAUUCCUGAAUCUGAAAUUGCUGAAGCCGGAUGCCGUCUUCCGUCUGGAGUAGAGUGGACAUCACUGUUGGAAGCAACUUUAGAGUUAAACCGUUCAAGAUUGGUUUAACCCUAUGGGGUAAAAGUGCCUCUGGGGGCCUCCUUGCACCAUAAAAACGUAUUUUAGAUAAAGUUGUUUUGGCAUCUGGAGUGUCCCUUUAACCCUGCAAUGUCGGCCUGUAUUUUGCAAGGUAUUUGCCAAUUUACUGAUAAAGGAACACUAUAGAGUUAGGAAUAAAAAGCUGUAUUCCUAACACUAUACUGUCUCUCUACCCCUGCGACCCCACUGUGGCACUCAAAGGGUUAAAAUCCUUUAUCUACUUACGCGAUUCAGCAUGAGAGGGAAUCUAAUACGCAACCUUUCCUGUGAUGAAAAGAUGCUGGACAUACUCAUACAAAACGUGAGGAUGUCCAGUGUUGUUUCAAAGGGUUAAACUCCAUGAAACUGCAGGAAAUGCCACUAGUGACUGUCUGGUAGAAAGCCACUUAUAGCAGUAUUAACACUGCAAUAUAAACAUUGCAAUUUCUCUAAAACAACACUGUUUUACAUUGCAGAGUUAAAGGGACAAUACUGGCACCCAGACCACUUCAUCUCAUUGAAGUGGUGUAGGUGCACUUUCUCUGUCCUCUUAACGCUGCAGCUGAAACAUUGCAUUUCUAGAGUCACUGCAAUGUUUACAUUGUAGUGUUAAGACCGCUCCUAGUUGCUAUCAGACAGCUGCUAGAGGUGCUUCCUGCUGAUUCACGGAGUUUGACUCCGUAGAACAAUGACGCUGGUCAUCGUCACGCUUUGCAUAAGAACAUCGAGCAUCAAGCAAAACCCCAGAGAAAAAAUUGGGUCAAUGCUUUCCAAUGGGGAAGUCCUAAUGAGCAUACAGCGCUCAACGGGCAUGCGCAUCAGGUUCCUCAAAUCAGCUGAUGGUGGUAGAGGAGUGCCAAUCAGGUAAGUGAAAAAAAAGGGUUUCUUUUAACCCUUUCAUGGACAGAAGUGUGGGGCCACUAUAGUGUUGGAAAUACAUUUUUGUUUUUCCAACACUAAAGUGUUCCUUUAAGGGGACAGGGACACUGCAUCCAGACCACUUCAAUGAGAUGAAGUGGUCUGGGUGCCUGUAGUGUCAAUUUAACUAUUUUGUGAUUAACCUCUCAAAGUAGCCAAUCACAGCUCUGAACAUGCUGUUGCGUGUAAAAUACAAUUAUAUUUUGAUCCAGAACAUUUUUAUAUUGUGCAUUAUUUUAUAUUAUUUAUCAUAAUAUUAUAUGUACAUAUAUCAAGAAAGGUCCUUCAUGUACAUCUUGCAGGUACCUGGUUAAACUUAUACCACUGAGCACCGAGGCUGUACAACACUACAAUAUUUUUUUCAUUUUUUUAAUGACAAUCUCUCUCACUGUGUUUGUGUGUGUGUGUGUGUGUGUGUGUAUGUAUAUAUAUAUUAACUGUGAUGAGGAGUUCAGUGUGACAUGCCAGGAGGCUUUAGUCUGGUUAGAGAGUUUGGCUACAACAACUAUUACACUUUCAAUUUUACUUUCAUAAGAGGCUGGAAUAUUAGAGGUGAAGUAUUUUACAGGAAUAAGAAACUGGAUUGUUAUGGGACAGAUACUGACAAUAUCUGGGUGGGGAGGAGGGUAGAAUUAAGAAGAAAGCCUAAAUGAUUUACUGGAAAUGUGGUUGCUGAGGGAGGCACAAUGUUGUAGGAGGCAAUUAGGUACUGUAAUAGAAUUGUACAGGUUUGUCUUGGUGAGGGGGGUCUGGCUGUACUAAUUAUUAUUAUUAGCAUUAUUAUUAUUUAUUAGCAUUAUUAUUAUUAGCAAUCAUAUAGUACCAACAUAUUCCACAGCACUUUACAAUUAUAGAAUGGGAGAUAUUUGACAAGUAAGUUACAUAGCAAAUAUUAACAGAGACAAAAGGUAAUAAAGGGACAGUCUAUCAGUGUUGUCCAAAUAUGGGUAAACCUGAUUUUGCUAAUGUAGAAGUAGAACAUGCUCAUUAGAAAUAUAUAAAACAGCAGCCUGGCUGCAGUAGCCUCAGUGACACUCAUUUUUGGUCAAAGCAUUCAAAAACUAUUAUAGAGGACACAUGGGCGUCCGCAGACAUUUUCCCAGGGGAUGGGGGUUGGGGGGGCAUAAUUGUAAUGGCAUCCAUGCUUGGCCCCUUUUUGACAGUGUCAUGUAGGAGAGAAGCAUAGUCAUUAUCACAUAAAGCCAGGGUGAAUAGUGUUUUCACAACUAUGGUGUCAAGAAUGCAUGUUUGUAUUCCUGACACUAUAGUGUUCCUUUAAGCAAAUUAAAGGAACAUUCUGGUCACCAUAACACAUUCAUCUAAAUGAAAAUGCUAUGAUGCCAGGAGUCCCCUGGGUGCUCUCUUUCCUUUAAGGGGUUAAACCACCCUCAAAUGGUUUAACCCCAAAGGCUUCCUUCAUUUUCUGAUCUCCAGGUCACUCAGUGGUAUUCGGCUUCUGAAACGGAGUGUCAGGAAGUGCAGAUUGAUGUCAGGCAUGGGUGCCGCUUAAUGGCUAGUGUGGUUAGCUGACGCUCUAAGCCAAUCACUAGUUCCCGAUUCAUACAUUUUUUAAAAGUUUUUAUGAAUGGGGAGCUACUGAUUGGCUUAGAGUGCCAGCUGACCGUUGUAGCCAAUCAGCAGCACCCCUACUUAGCAGCCCUCUGUGUUUCCUGACAAUCAGUAAAUCAAAUUGAGCACAAUAACACUGAUAUGUUUUUUACCUGGGGAGAUGAGAAGGUCCAAAGCUUCCUGCCAGGCCCAGGUACCAAAGCCCUAUGAUGUGGUGUCCAGAAUGAAGUGGAGGGAUUACUUCACUUGUUCUUCCAAUCUAAUUUUCUUCUCCAUUUGACACAGUCUUCUUUUUCUUCUGACACUGUCUUCUCUCCUCCUUGGCUCCUUCUGCUCCUUUACCUUUCUGCUUAUUUUGCGCCCUUCUGCUCCUUUCUCUUUCUGAUCCCUUCCUGCUCCUUGCAGACCCUUCCUGCUCCUUGCUGCCCCUACCUGCUUCUUGCAGACCCUUCCUGCUCCUUGCAGGCCCUUCCUGCCCCUUGCUGCCCCUUCCUGCUUCUUGCAGACCCUUCCUGCUCCUUGCUGCCCCUACCUGCUUCUUGCAGACCCUUCCUGCUCCUUGCUGCCACUUCCUGCUUAUUUAUGUUCCUUUUCCUACUUUACCUUUGUGCUCCUUCUGCCCCUUCCAGAUAGUUGUUGACCCUUUCUGCUCCUUGAUUUCCCUUCCUGCUCAUUGCAGACCCUUCCUGCUACUUGCUGACCUUUCCUGCUCAUUGCAGACCCUUCCUGCUCCUUGCUGACCCUUCCGACUCCUUGCUUACCCCUCCUGCUCCUUGCUGUCCCUUCCUACUCCUUGCUGACCACUCUUGCCCCUUGAAGACCCUUCCUACUCCUUGCUGCCUCUUCCGACUCCUUGCUGACCCCUCCUGCUCCUGCUGCCCCUUCCUACUCCUUCUGACCCCUCCUGCUCCUUGCUGCCCCAUCCUGCUCAUUACUGCCCCUUCCUGCUCCUUGCAGACCCUUUCUACUCCUUGCAGACACUUCCUACUUAUUUAUGUUCCUUUUCAUACUUUACCUUUGUGCUCCUUCUGCCCAUUCCAGAUAAUUGUUAACCCUUUCUGCUCCUUGAUUUCCCUUCCUGCUCAUUGCAGACCCUUCCUGCUCCUUGCUGACCCUUCCUGCUCAUUGCAGACCCUUCCUACUCCUUGCUGCCUCUUCCAACUCCUUGCUGACCCCUCCUGCUCCUUGCUGCCCCUUCCUACUCCUUUCUGACCCCUCCAGCUCCUUACUACCCCUUCCUGCUCCUUGCAGACCCUUUCUGCACCUUGCAGACCCUUUCUACUACUUGCAGACACUUCCUGCCCCUUGCUGACCCCUCCUGCUCCUUGCAGAUCCUUCCUACUCCUUGCUGACCUCUCCUGCUCUUUGCAGACCCUUCCUGCUCCUUGCUGCCCCUUCCUGCUUCUUGCUGCCCCUUCCUGCUCCCUGCAGACCCUUUCUGCUCCUAGCAGACCAUUCAUACUCCUUGCUGACCCCUCCUGCUCCUUGCUGCGUCUUCCUACUCCUUGCUUUCUGCUCCUUGCUGACCCCUCCUGCCCCUUGCAGAACCUUUCUGCUCGUUUCUGCUCCUUCUACUUUACAAUCCUGUAGGCUGUCUUCCCCCCAUCCCUCACUUACCUGAUCUGUAGGUUUCCCCCCCUCCCCCAUGCUUGCUGGCUACACUCUGUGCUGCUCCCCUGCAGAUGCAGUCAGGAGAAAGAAGCAGGGAUAAGCUGUAGCUUCCUAUCCAUGCUUUUCACAGCGCCACCCCUGCGGAUGCCCAUGAGAGGACAGACGCAUAGCUAAUACAGGAUGUAGUGUUUAUGGCGCUUAGACUAUCCCUUUUGAUGAUCUACACAUGAAAAUUAAGCCACACUCUUAUAUAAAGACCUAAGUGCUCUAGACCUGGGGCUGACAAACCCCAGUACAGGAAGUCAAGAUGACAAAGGCCUCUGUGUAGGCCGAAACAUUGCAUUUCCUGUUCCAAUAAAACUGCUUGAUGAUAGACCUUGAGUGUCUAGGCGAUGCUUAUUUCUAGACUAUCCCUUUUAGCAGCAUCACAUUUUUGUUUAUCUCCUUGCUGUCUGUCCUUCUAUGUUAAAGUGUUUUUUACAGUGAUGUUUUGGGGGUGAGUAGUUGUAUUUAUUUCUAACUGUAGCCACUUUGCAAAUUUGUCAAAAAUGUGGGAUACUUCUCAAAAAUGUGGGAUACCUUUUAAGACUAUUCAUCAACAUGCAGAUCAUUUUCUACAUCCAACCAAAGUAUACAUAAGUAUAUAUAAUACAUAUAUACAUUACAGUAUAAUUGGGGUAUAUCAAAUCCAAAUGGAUUAUUGUACUGUUUUAAUGAAAUAUUGGAGGAUUUCUGAAAGAUAGGUAGACAAACGUAGAUGUGUAGAUUCCACAUAGAAUACAAGUAUUCAGACAUCCUUGACUGAUCAUUUAUUCAUGAUAGAACAUAUUAAAUUCCAAGUGCUAUUAAAUUGACUAUGCUUUAAUGACUAGUGAUUAAUGUUUAUUCUAUUCUCGUUUUCAUAGAAAUACCCAAAUCAUACCUCUUCCAGUCCCUUUAUCCCAACAAUAAAUGCGAUUACAUCAAGUCAAGAUCUAAACUGGAUGAUCCAGCCAAGUGUGCGAAACCUAGCCUUACCUCCCUAUCACAGUCCUCGACAUGGAGUUAUCAGGAGUAUGCCAGGAGCCUUGAAUAUGAGCCGAAGGAGACAUGGUGAACAUGUGAGUGCAUCUCAUCUGAAAAUCAGUAUUUAUUGAUCAUGGCGGGUGUAUUGAUAAUGUAAUAGGAUAAAGGAGAGGGGCUUUAGGCGAAUAGGAUUCAGGUUGUGUCUCAAGCAUGAUUGUGCAUUGUGAGAUUGAUUUAUUUCAAAUUAUGUCUGCCUGAGGUCAGGAUUGUUACAAAUAUCACGGAAACGGUUGAUGAGCGACUCAUAGACAAAGUACAGUGAGUCAGGAGGGAAAAGAGAGCAGGCAGGAGACCAGGUUUGAGUGCCAAACCACAGCUUGGAGUGUGGGACAAACAUUAACGGCUGAGUCAUAGGAUCAUAUAAACUGCCAAUCCCUCCAUUCAUGCACAAGGCAGUGUUCUCUCCUUGCACCCUCUGACACAUGCACAAUAUGGCACCAUGAACUUUAUACAGGGUUCAGAAAUAUAGUGCUGUAUUUUAUCUCACAUAUUGCCAUAGUAUACUAAAGUUAACAGGUGCACAAUAAAAUUUUUAAAAUAAAAUCUACCAUAAGAUAUAUUUCUUUACUAAACUUAUAAUAACAUUUAUCACAGAUAUCACAUGAAGAAGAGGAAAGAAGAAGAGUGCGUAGAGAAAGGAAUAAGAUUGCUGCUGCAAAGUGUCGGAAUCGUCGGAAGGAACUGACAGACUAUCUGCAGGCGGUAAGUUAAACGGACAAGUAAAACAAAAUAGAGUCUAGUAGGUAACAACUGGAAGCUCAGACUGGGAGCUUGAGGAAGGAGUAGAAAAUGCCAAAAUGAUGGAAGAGAGAUAUUUCUGUGAGGAAUAUAUUGAUUAAAGGCCGUGUUUGAAGACAAAAGUUUAUGUUGACCAAGAGUAUGGUGGUGUAGAAUAGUGUUGACAACAGAAAUCAAGGUAAGGAAAGUUCAAAUGAGAGAGUAACGUUUUACUUCCUUUUCACAUUCACAGGAAACAGAUAAACUUGAAGAGGAAAAGUCAUCUCUACAGAAAGAGAUUGCCGAGCUCCAGAAACAGAAAGACAAGCUAGAACUAAUUCUUGAUGCCCAUCAACCUAUCUGUAAGAUUCAACAUUCUGACCACUAUGAACGGAAAGUGGCAUCUCCUAGGACUGUUAAAGAAGAACCACAUGAAGAACUAGCCCGGGGUCCAAAAGUCAACCUGCCUAGGAUAGAGCUGAGUGAAACUCUUUUGGAACCUGAAGCACUUCACACACCAACUUUGAUGAAGACACCAUCUGUCACCCCCUUCACUCCAACAUUAGUUUUCACGUAUCCUGGACCACAAGAAUCCUGUUCAACCGCUCAUCGCAGGCUUAGCAGCAGCAGUAGCAAUAGUAGUGGGGAACAGAGUAAUGGGUCCCUUGAUUCCCCCACCCUAUUGACUCUUUAAAAUGAACAUGGAGAGGAUGUUAUCACAAUGAGUGUUACUAGAUCAUGAUUGAAUUGCCAGGUUUUACACUUUUAUAGAUCCCUUUUAGAGGAUUAUAUACACUUUGUUUGUAUGGCAUGUUAUCACUUACUCUGUAAGGGUUUCUAUCACUUCCCCUAUAAGAAAUCACAAGUGCUUUCAUAUGAGGGUUUCCAGUUAGUUGCAUGACCUCCGUAUAAGGCUGGAAGCUAAUUCACUUCUAGAAAUGGAAAGGACUGUUUAAUAGCUGUUCUAAUGCUACAGGUAUAAUCAGUGUCGGAAAACUCAGUUCUAAGGUAUAGAUAGUAUUAAUGGCAGAGCCAAGAUUAGACUGUGUGACUGUUCUAGUUGCAUUGAUAAAGGUAGCGGCAGAGCCGGUAUUUAAACUGUAUAAAAUAAGUUCUUUAGUGACAAGUAAAGUCAACGGCAGAGCCAGUAUUAGACUGCAUGACAAAUUAUAGGUUUAUGGGUAAAAUUAACGGCAGAGCCGGUUUAUUCUAUAUUUAUUAAAAUAUAUUUUUUAUAUGGUCAAUACAAGGGAUAGGUAUUUGGAAAUGUACAUUUUGAUAAUGGUACAUUAAUAAAAAUACACUCCCCACAUUUUUUUUGUGUUAAUAUACUUAUUUUGUA